AUGUUGUCUCCGAAAGCCGCCGUCCUCUUCAACUUUGCCCUCCUGGCUUCUGCCGCCCCAGGAAAGCGCCAGUCCACCGGCACAGGAUCUUGCACCGAUCUGCACAUCUUCCUCGCCCGCGGAUGGAACGAGGGCUACCCGGGCAGACAGCAGCUCGUUAUUGACGCCACCUGCAAUGGCCUCUCCAGCUGCGACUAUGAAGAUAUCUUAUUCGAUGCGUCCAACCCCUCUGGGUACCCUGCCGCUGUUGAGGAGGGUCGUGUUUCUGGAGUCGCCCAAGUCAAGGCAUAUAGCGAGAAAUGCCCUAGCUCCAAAAUCGUUCUGAGUGGUUACAGCGAAGGUGCCAAUGUUGUUGGAGAUAUCCUCGCUGAUUCUGGGUUGGCUGCCACCGCCACUCCCGGAUCCCAGGUCUGCGCCGCCCUCCUCUUCGGCGACCCGACUCACAUCGCCAACCAAAGCUACAACGUCGAGGCCGGCUCCAGCUUCAGUGGUCAGAUGGCCCGCUCGAGCUCUUCCCUGAGCAACCUCAACAACUUCUCCGGCGUCCUGCGCUCCUGGUGCAACGGCGAGGACAUUGUCUGCGCCUACGGCGAGGGCCGAACGAUGGGCGAGGAUGCCCACACCAACUAUUUCCAGCUCUACACCAACGACGCAGCCGCCUACAUCAAGGAGAAGUGCGUGCCCUCAGGAACGACCCCUCCCACGGCGACCACCACCUCCAGCCUUCCCGCACCCACCUCCACUGGAUCCUUCUGCGUCUCUGGCAAGGUCAAGACAGGUCUGUCCGAGAACUACACCGGUCUCUGCGAGUUCUCUUGCUCCAACGGAUACUGCCCUGAUGAGGUGUGCGAGUGCUCUGCUCCUGCACAGGCCACGCUCGGGUGCGGGACCCGAUGCCGUGAUGUGAUGCUUUGCCGGAUUGACCGCGCUACCGGCACUUCCGACGAUUCGGCCGCUCUUCGCCAGAUUGGGCUUGCUGCAGCCAAACGAAGAGAAGUCAUGAUGACAGUUCCGAGUGCACGGGGCGCCCUGGACUCGAUCUGCAAGGACCACGGCCCGGCUGCCAAGGCAUGGGUGUUCAUUGAGUGGACCACGGGCUGA